UGUGAUAGUGAAGCUACUUGUUUCACGAAUGUGUUUUUUGUUCCUGAAAUAAAAUACGAAUACAUUGCGUUCGACACGAGCUGUAGCGUUAAUAGUUAGCACGCUAAACUUUUCUUUUUCUUUUUUUGUAACCGUUUAACUAUAGCGGGCUCGUGCGCCGCAACUGUUUAGCGAGCUAAAAAACCUGCGCGAACUUACUUAAAAUGGCGAAUUUAAAUAAAGAUAACUGUUGUGACGGAUUAACAAUAUAACGUUAACUGUGUAGCCACGCAGUUUACAAUAGAGGGCUGUCAAUACAAUUUUAAUUUCGCCUAAAUUUGGGUGAGCCUCUUCGUGUUCAUCAUAACUGUCAGCUACCGUUUUAUACAGUUUUAUACAGUAACUGUUACCUGUAAUGUUUAAUUUACUUCCUUUAUUGUUGACGUAAUCUGUCACUGUCAAGCAGUUGUGAUGGGACCUUUUGGAUUAAACCUAAUCCAGUCUAAUUCAAGAACCCUUAAUUUUCAAUACAUCUUCGAAGACUAUUCUCAUGUUCAGAUUUAGCUGAAGCUGUUUUAGAGAGGUGUUGAUUACAUUUCGGAAGAUGUUAUUAUGCUACUGUUGAAUUAUGUUAUGUUUUAAGGAUUUAGUGGUGUUUUUAUCUAAUAUUUAGUCUAAACCCACCGAUAUGAAUAGAGUGGUCAAUACAUUAGAAACGGAAUUCAACAGCACCACAAACGUAUUUAUAAACCCUUCCUCAUAACGGUCUCUACAAAACUUUAACAUAACUUCAGCAGCUGUGCUCUGACGUAUCAUUACUUUUAACUGCUACUGUUUUAUUUUUUGUGUGGUGUGUGUUCCUCUCACUAUGUUGCAGUGUCUUAAUAGAGUGUAGUGGGAUGUUUAUAACAAUUAGAUUAUCACGAAUAUGCUUUGCCGGAUAUAUAUUCUCACACUCUUUGUAUUGGUCUUCACCUAACCCUCCACAAUCCACAUUGUGCUGCUGUGUGACUGAAUAGCACGACGCCAAGCGAGCGCACGGUGCGGACCCGACAUGUUAAACGGUGGGCAGUUUGUGGAGGCCUUGGGCCGUCUAGGUUAUCCUGGUGCGUCAUCGCUGAAGGCCUCCGACUUUGACUGGCUGUUUGACUGCGCCCCGGACAACCUUCACUUCUUGCGCUUUGUCUGUCGGACCCUCAACCAGAGCAAUGUUCUCACCAAGGAGGAGGCGCACGCUUUUCAGGAGCUACGGAAGUCCGGCAAGCCAUGUCUGGAUGAAGCAGCCUUAGGCGAGGUCCUUAAAACCAUCGGACCUUCGGGCGGCAGUGCAAACAUCUUGGGGCUCUCUUCUUCAUCCUCAUCCUCAGUGUUUGCAGCGGAGGGUGACGUGGCUACGCAGGACCUGGAGGCGGAGCUCCAGGCACUGCGUAAAGAAAAAGACCUGAAGCAACGGCGGUAUAACAGGCUGCAGGUUGUGGCCACCUCCCGUGCAGAUGUUGACCUGCGGCUUACUGGAGAGCUGGAGAACGCGGCAUGUAAGCUAAAGGAGGCCGCUGCUUCCAUUGGAGCUGAGAACGCUGACACCAACGCUCUGUUACAACACCUAAGGGAUGAGGUGGGAAAGCUGGCUUCGUAUCUCCCAGUUCCGCCAGAGGCUACGCAAAAAGGAAAAGAAAACCCCGUGCCCUCAUUAAACUCCAUCUCCAAAAGCCCCGCUGUCCUCCCCUCUCAGCUGCCAUUGUAUCCCUACCUGCACCAGGAGGAGCUCAACACUAAAACACUCGCUGUUUUCACCCAGAAGCAUUUCUUCCACGGCAUCUCUGACAUUAUUGAGAGUUCUUGCUCUGAGCGCUUCCAGCUCCUCGACCUCAGUUCUUGUGGAGAUGAAGAGAAUGAGCCAGAGGGGAGAGGGAGAGAGGAGCAAAUGGUGGAUGGCAGGAGGACAGAGAUGGCCAGACUCCAGUGGUCCCAUAUUGUAGCCCAGUACCAACUGAUGCAGGCAAUGGCAGAGGAGAAGAGUGUCACGGCUGGACUGGAUUGGCUCUCUGAGAAGUCCUCUUGUACCAAGAGCAUCUCCAUGUCCUCCUCGCUGCAUGUCCGUGAGGUUGUGUCCAGGAAGGAGCUGCAUGCGGUGGAGGCUGAGCUGGAGGCUCUGCUCAAUGGACCAGUACCCGCUGCCCUCAGAGAGUCAGCCAGGUUGCUUAAUGUGCCGGUAGUGAGGGGAGACCUGGAUCUGCAACUAGCCAGGCAGGACUACUACACCUCCAGACAGGAUCAGGUUCGAGACUACCUACUCCGCCAAAAGGCGUCCUUUGAACUGGUGCUCCUGGGCCAGGAGAUGGAGUUGAGGAGGUGGAGGCUGUGUCUUAAGCAGCUGGGGGAUGUAAAUAGCAGAUUUGUAAAGGAAGAUGAAGCAACAACCCUCAGAAUUGAGUCCCUGGCACACCCUGACCUGGCUAUCAACCCCAGGCCGAACCCUAUCAUCAGCUGCAAGGAUGCAGCCUUCAGCAGGCUGCUCCAGAUCCUUGACCGUGAUUCAGACCGCGGCCGGUCAGAGCCUUUUCGGACAUAUGAAGCGCUGGACCACGCUGCUCGCGACCUCGCAGGCAACCUCCAGGUGGCCCGAGAUGCUCUAGCUGGGGCUGGCCGUGAGCAGAGCUACACAGCUGCUCGUCUUCACGGCGACUGCGAGGCGUUGCACAGGGCGAUGUACACCGAGCUCCAGCAGCUGAUCUUAGGGCCGCAGGUACGUCCAACGGCCACCACUGACCAGGAGCUGCUUUGCCCCAAUGCACAGGAGCUGACGGUGAAGCUCGUGGAAGCAGAGUCUCAGCUGCAGAGUUUGCAGCGUUUAAUGCAAGAAAUCAUGGGGGAGGUUAAAGCCAAGCGCUCUCAGCUGGAGUGCAAUGCCCCCCUCAGGCGGGAGAGGGAACUGUACAUCUACUUCCACUUGGAUUCCCGGCUGCUGAAGAAAGUAGUGGAAGAUCUGGAGGCCAAAAUAGCUUUGAAGAGAGGGCAACAGUAAAGGCUGCUCGGAGGAACGAGAGGCGGUUGUUGCCAACUUUUUCUGUGCUCAGGGGUCAACCUGUGUUAUAAAGCGUCACGAUAUCGGAUAAGUACACCGUGCUUUCAGUGGAGGAGGUUCACUAAGUAAGCUUUGCUCUGGUACAGUUUGUACAAGUGCGAACUUACUGCACCGUCACUUUGUUUGUGCAGAAGACGGAGAACAAAUCCCCCGAGUCUUGAUCUUUGGAACAAAACUCAACUUGGGGGAAAAAAGUUUGGUUGUUUAUGAGAUUAAAUGCCGCAAAUGUUCAUUCCAAACAUCUUUUACAUAAACUAACCAGAUCAUUUAUUGUCCAGCAAUGUUCUAAAAUACAUGUCCUUGUUUUCUUUUUGUCACCAGAUAAAUAAAGUACAAUGUUAUCUUGA